UUUCAUUUUCUUCUUUGAUCAUCAUCACCAUCAUCAUCAUCAUCAUUAGCAGCAGCACCAUUACCACCACCACCACAUAUACAAUCAUAUCGUUGUAUCAGUGUUGCCGUCAAAAUAUAUUUCAUCAAAAAAAUUGAUCAAAUCACUCAAUUUUUUUCCCUUUUUCAACGCAAACCAGGGGCAAAAAUAAUAACGACAAACAAUAGUGUGAAUACCACAAAAUAAAAUAAACAUUAGCAAGCCAAAAUGAUAAAAAAUCCUUUCACCAAUCAUUCAUAUGUAUCGGAUGAGGCGGAUGUUGUCGCUAUCAACGAUAACCGACAUGCAUCGCUCAAUCGUUUCCGUCGUUUAACGUCAGUGAACGAAACAGAUGAAAAAGUUAAACGUGAUCCUGCAUUAGCGUUGGCCAAAUUGGUUGAAAAGACUGACAAAAAUGGUGUCUAUGUUAAUAAAGGUUUGGUCAUGGAGGAUGAACGAUCAAUUCAAUCAACACCAGGAGCAAUUACUCCAAAUAAUCGUCCACCAAAAAUUGCUGUGGAUGUUCGUGAUGUUACAUUUACCUAUGGUUUUGGACAAAAAUCAUUAUUGACCUUGAAGAAAAUCAAUGUCUCAGUGCCACAAGGCAAAAUCUAUGCUCUUCUUGGAUCCAGUGGUUGUGGUAAAACCACAUUAUUACGAUGUGUUCUUGGCCGUUUACAACCACAAUCCGGUGUGAUUCGCGUAUUUGGACAAGAACCGGGUUCCGAAUACAGUCCAGUACCUGGUCCUGGUGUUGGCUACAUGCCACAAGAAUUAGCAUUAUUCCCGGAUUUCACUAUUAAAGAAACACUGCGAUAUUUUGGUCAAUUAUAUCGAAUGUCAUCAAAAGAAAUUAAAGCAAGAACUAAAUUUCUUAUUACACUUCUUCAUCUACCUGAAAAAAAUCGUUUGGUUUCACAACUUUCUGGUGGUCAACAACGUCGUGUUUCAUUGGCCUCUGCAUUGGUUCAUCGUCCACCACUUUUGAUUCUGGAUGAACCAACAGUCGGUGUUGAUCCAGUGUUACGUAAAGCUAUUUGGGAACAUUUAGAUGCAUUAUGCCGUGAAGAUGGUUUGACCGUUAUUAUCACCACUCAUUAUAUCGAAGAAGCUAGAACAGCUGAAACGGUUGGCCUUAUGCGUUUUGGUCGUCUUUUGGUACAAUCAAAUCCAGAAGAACUAUUAGUAAGACAUGGUCUUCCAACAUUAGAAGCUGUAUUUUUGAAAUUAUGUCAAUUGGAUUCAGCACAAAUUCCCGAAAGUGUUAAAACAGAUGCCGUUCGUUAUGAUGAUGAAAAGAAUAAUGUUACAAUCGAAACGAAAAAAGAUGAUCUUCCAAUGGUCAUUGUGAAUGGUGAAAAAGGUGACAUUGAGAAAAACAUUAAUAAUAAUGAAGAUGCGAAUAAUAAUAUUGCCAAAAAUGCUAUAAGUCUUGCGCCAAAUACCGCUGGUAACCUCUUGAUUCCAAUGUCUACAUCGUUCAAAGAUGUAUCUGCAAGAGCUACGCCAUCCACACAAAGUCCUCGAAUGUCAUUCUCGGAACGUGGUUCAACUGGCGAUUUUUCACAAUUACAAAAUCAAAUCAGUGUAGAAGGACAACGACGACGAAUGUUUGAUCUGAAUCGUGUUAUGGCAUUGUUUAUUAAGAAUUCUAUCCGUCUGAAACGAAAUGUUCCCAUCUUAUUGUUCUAUUUCUUUUUACCUUCGAUUCAAAUUGCAUUGUUCUGUAUAUGUAUUGGUCAGGAUCCGAAAAAUAUCCCAGUUGCUGUUUAUAAUGCUGAAGAUCCACCCGGACUUAGUGCAGAAUAUUUGUCAUUUGUUAAUCCGGAAAUUGUCGUACAGGUACCUUAUAAUUCAUUGGAAGAAGCUAGACAAGCGGUAGUCGAUGGUAAAGCUUGGGCGGCAUUACAUUUCUCACAUAAUUAUUCGGCAUCAUUGAAUCAAAGAAGAAUAAUGGCUGGAAAAGCAGAUAACGCAACAAUUGAAUCAUCGAAUAUAAAACUUUAUCUAGACAUGUCCAAUCAAGUUAUCGGAUUUGUUUUGUUACGAACAUUUUUCCUUGCAUUCCAAUCAUUUGCACAAGAUUAUCUAUCGAUUCUGGGAUAUAAUCCGGCCACUGUAACUUUGCCAAUUACAAUCGAAAAAGUUAUCUAUGGUACAGUCAAUCCAUCUAUGACUGAAUUUAUGGCACCUGGUGUUAUUAUUUUGAUUGCCUAUUAUGCAACGACUGCAUUGACUGCUUUGUCGUUGGUAUUGGAACGUAAAGAUGGUCUACUAGAACGAUCAUUGGUAGCUGGUGUAAAUUCAUUUGAAUUUCUUAUUUCACACAUAAUGACGCAGACAAUUGUUCUCACCAUACAAGAAGUAUUUAUGUUGGCCACAACAUUUUACAUAUUCAAAGUGCCAUCCAGAGGUCCAAUGGUUUGGGUCUUUUCGCUUACCUUCUUCCAAGGCUUGGCUGGUGUAAUGUUUGGAUUAUUCAUAUCAUCACUUUGUGCUGAUGAAGUAUCAGCAGCCAUGUUAGGUAUGGGAUCAUUUUUUCCUACAAUCAUGUUGGGUGGUAUUUUCUGGCCCAUACAAUCUAUGCCUGAUUGGAUGGCAUCAUUGGCGGCAUUUUUACCACAAACAUUACCAGUAGAAUCGAUGCGUUUCAUACUAUCACGUGGUUGGGGUGUAGAAUUCUUCGAAGUAACACUUGGUUUCAUCGCUACAUGGGGAUGGAUUAUCGUCUACCUUGUGGCUGCUGCAUUUAUUUUCAAAAAAUACACAUAAUAGUCAUUUACCAGUGAUUGUUUCUCAUUUAUUAUCAAUUCAUUCAUUCAUUCAUUCAUUAUUAAGCAACAGAAACAGGAAAGAAAAAUUAUCAAAAAUCACUGAUUCCUCAUCAUUCAUUCAUUCAACGAUUCAUCCUUAUCGACAAAAAAAUUUUUAAAAUCCAUUUUGCAUCUCAAUUAUGUCAAUCUAUUUGUUUGAAAAUAUAUUCAACACAUACAUUCUUUCUCUUAAUUUUUUCCCCUCGAAUAGGAGCUCAUUAUAUCAUUAGUGUAUUCAAUUCGAAAUUUGAAUUCUUUUUUUUUGCAGAAUUAUCAGAAAUUUUUUUUUGUUGUUCCGUUCAAUUAGCUUUGGUAUUUUAUUUUGCAAAUAGAUGACAAUCACAUUUUGUUUCUGUGGUCAAUUUUUUUUCUCUCUUUUUCAUUUGGUGAUUAGUUUUACAGAAUAAAUCCACACACAAUCUAUAAUCAAAUCGAUUGAAUCAAUUUUGAUUA